CCCUUAUCGGCGAACGGUUGGAAAGUUGCUAGAUCUGCAUUUGGCGUUAAUUCGCGAGAGGAAGCGCUCGUUAGUUGAAUUCGCGCUGUAUCACAGCGUUAUUUCAACAGAUUUCCCUAUCCUUUUGAUAUUAAAAGAUAAACGAACUUAAACAUGAGUGGAGGCUCUGCAAAGCGCCGGAAUCGUAGCGGAAUAGGAUCGCAAGCUAGUCUUGGAGAUGAACUGGAAAUGCACGAGAAGAACAACAGGCCGCCAUCUUCUCAUUCUCGAAACGCAUGGUCUGACGAUCUACUGAGCGGAGGACACGAUGAGAUUGAUUUCUCCCCUCGCGCUCCGGCCUCCGCAGCCGUCGAUCUUCCUUCAGCUAUGGAGCACGAACCUGUAAACCAUCAAGGUCGUGUCCCAACGGAUGUACGGGCUCCUGGUACGAAAAACGUCCCUGUCGGUUGUUGGACAAGGUUUAAAAGGAUUGUCCGAGGUUUGUGGAGAACCAGACAGACUGAGGAUACUGAUUCUGGCUCAGAGGCACAUGUGAAAACCACCUUGCGAGAACUGGUCAUCUAUUUAGUCUUCAUCACCAUCCUCUGCAUCUUGACCUUUGGAAUGACAAGCUCAACAAUGUACUACUUCACCAAGGUCAUGAGAGAUUUGUUUGUUGAGACCACAAUGUCAAACAGAAAUACAUUCAAGGACAUUACAACCAUGAAGGAGUUCUGGAUGUAUGCAGAUGGCCCUCUAGCAGAUGGAUUGUACUGGGAACAGUACUACAAUGGCAAAAAUGUAUCACAAGAAGAUCUCGGUUUUAUUUACUUUGAGAAUAAAAUCCUUGGACGACCACGCCUGAGACAACUCCGAGUGAAGAACGAUUCUUGUGUUGUUCAUGAUGAUUUCAAGAGUGUUAUCAAGGACUGUUAUGCACCCUACGCCCCUGGGAUAGAAGACCAAGACCCGUUUGGUGUGGGGAAUGGAUCUGCAUGGGAAUACAAGACAGAGAAAGAACUAGACGGUCGAUCACACUGGGGGAGAAUUACCUCGUACAGUGGAGGUGGGUUCACAAUGCUUUUGGAACCAAAAAGGGCAGCCACAAAAUCGAAGAUUGCCGACUUAAAGCAAAACCUGUGGCUUGACCGCGGAACAAGAGCGGUGUUUAUGGACUUCACCGUUUACAAUGCCAACAUCAAUUUGUUCUGCAUCAUUAAAUUGGUAUUGGAGUUCCCAGCCACAGGAGGUGUGAUCCCAUCAUUCAACUUCCGCACAGUGAAGCUGAUUCGUUACGUCACCGAUUUCGAUUACUUUGUGAUGGCCUGCGAGGGAAUCUUCAUCCUUUUCAUCAUAUACUACACCAUAGAAGAAAUCCUUGAGAUCACGAAACACAAAUUGCAGUACUUCAAGAGUUUCUGGAACGUGCUGGAUGUAAUUGUGAUCUUCCUUGGAUACGUAGCAGUUGUCUUCAACGUCUACCGAGCAAUCAAAGUGGGCGACUUGUUGGAGACGCUCUUGGCAAACAACAAUCAGUAUGCAAACUUUGAAUCUCUCGGCUUCUGGCAGACACAGUUCAACAAUAUGGUCGCCGUGGCUGUGUUUUUCGCCUGGAUCAAGGUCUUCAAGUACAUCAGCUUCAACAAGACCAUGACUCAGUUGUCAGCAACGCUGAACAAUUGCGCCAAAGACGUUGGUGGCUUUGCUGUCAUGUUCUUCAUCAUCUUUCUCGCCUACGCGCAGCUGGGUUACCUGGUCUUUGGUACUCAAGUUCGGGACUUCAGCACCUUCGAGGACGCCAUUUUUACGCUGUUCCGUAUUAUCCUUGGUGACUUUGACUUCCACGCCCUCGAGGCAGCCAACCGCGUACUUGGACCGAUUUUCUUCAUCACCUACGUGUUCUUCGUGUUCUUCGUCCUGCUGAACAUGUUCUUGGCCAUCAUCAAUGAUACUUACGCUGAAGUCAAGUCAAACAUCGCCAACCAGAAGAGCGAGUUCGAGAUCGGUGACUACUUCAAGAAGGGAUACCAGAAGAUGUUGGACAAAUUGUCCUUCAAACGCGAGAAGAUCCUCGACAUCCAGAAAGCACUGAAGUCUGCCGAUGUAAACCAAGACAACAAGCUCGAUUUCGAAGAGUGGAGAGCAAACUUGAAAUCCCGUGGCCAUGCUGAUGCAGAAAUCGAAGCGGUGUUUGCCAAGUACGAUUUAGACGGCGACAGAAUCCUGGAUGAAGAAGAACAGAGGAAGAUGCAAGAAGAUCUGGAAGGACAGAAGGCUGAACUGAACGAAGAAAUCGAGGAAAUGGAGCGGGCCAAGGAAACAAAGAGUGGAAGACCAAAGAGUGCAAACAGCAAUGUGAGCAGCGAUGACAGCGACGAUGAUGAGGGAUCCACUGGUGGAUUGAGUGCGCGCGCAGGCUCAGCUAUCGCUCGACCCAGUGCUGGAGGAGGCGGAGUGUCUUAUGAGGAAUUCAAUGUUCUUAGCCGCCGAGUGGACCGAAUGGAACAUUCCAUUGGCAGCAUCGUGUCCAAGAUUGACGCAGUCCUCGUCAAACUCGAGGCCAUGGAGAAAGCCAAGCUCAAACGACGGGAAACCAUGGCUAAACUGCUUGACUCGAUCGCUGAUAGCGAUCGUAGUGAGCGCAGUGACCGCGACUUGAAACGAGAUCAGAUGGAAAGACUGGUACGAGAGGAGUUGGAACGCUGGGACAGCGAGGCAUCCAUGAACCGCGGCGAGACCAGCCCCACUGGUUCCCGGGCUCCCACAGCAAAAUCGAGCCGUGGAUCCUUGUCCCGAGCUUCCCAGGCCUCCGCUGGCUCAAGGAUGCAUGACCGCGAUCGCGAUGGAGUCCCACCCGUGUUCAACGAACACACAAAUGUGUAGAGUUCCCAAGGAACGAAGCGUUUACCACUAAGGAAGCUUGUUCGAUGAGUCUUUAAAUAUUAAGAUAACCCAUAUGUAUAGAGUAUAGAUUUAAUUAUUUGUCACUAAAAGCUCAUCCGCUAUUCAAGCAUCGUUUUUGUUUUCACAAUGAAGAGCUUUUUGUCUUUGUCUUCGCUUUCAUUUGCCAUAUGUGUUCCGGUGCAAUUCAUGCAUCGAUCUUAACAGUCACAAUUUCACACGAUUCUAAUUGGAAAGUUUUCUCUGUAACCAAAAUGACAUGCCUUUCAGUGAAAGAUUUGGUCUCGUAAUAUUUAUUUGUCUCCACAAGAAUUUUUUUUGAUCUUCUUCUCUGUAAAGGUGGUCACGAAUCUCUCCCUAGGCUUCCCUCAUUCAUCUUCCGCUCAAUUCUUAUCCUACACAGAGAAUUAAAAGUGUGAAAUUGUGACUAAAAUGAAUUAUAUUCGUAAGAGCCAUAUGAACUUUAGGAUCGUCAUCGAGGGUAAUUUAAUUCCAGUAGAUUUGUAUAUAGGUUAAAACAUAGAGGAAGGGUCACGAAGGUCGAAUGUUCUCUUCACUUUGGUGUUAUAUUGUUGCCACGAGGUUUGCACGUGGGAUUGGCUUUUAAAGACAAACUUCUGUGCGUAGAAGUGACUAAGUCAAACAUUACUAAGAAACGAAGGUUUAACGAGUUGGUUGUUUUGUUACACUCAAGCAAGUAACUCUUUUGCAUGAAGGGCUUUGAAUAUUUCACAUGAAGUCGUCUUUGGAGACUGUUUUAGAAAAAGAAGAUUUGCCGUUGUCUCGUACAUGUUCAGAAAAGGGUUUCAUCUUGAAAGAUUGACUUGACGGGUUUUGAUUGGGUUUAUUGAUCCGUUAAUAAUCUAUAACAGUUAACUGAUGACGCCAUUUAUCGCAAUAAACUGCACCCACCUGCAGGCAGUGUAGGAGUAGCCUUUCUCAGCUGAUUGAAAAUAGUUUAUAGGCUGGACGUCUUUCUUAAACUUCAACACAUAUUAAAUUGCUCAUUAAAGGAGCUUUAAAUAUC